GGGCAUUGCACCCUAACUUUAAGCCAAUGGUUGAGAAAUUAUGGAAGUCCUUGGAAAUUGAAGGAUACUGGGGAUUUAAAUGCAAGGAAAAGAUCAAAAAGCUUAGGCAGCACCUGAAGACAUGGAACAAAGAAGAGUUUGGCAAUGUUGACAAUCAACUUGAAGAGGCAAUGAAGAAAAUUGAAAUUGUUGAUUUUAGAUGUGAAGCUCAAGAUCCUUCAGAUGAUGAUAUUCUCAAAAGAAAGGAUGGCUUUGAAGAACUAUGGGUCUGCCUCAAGAAGAAAGAAAGCUUAUGGCGACAGAAAUCCAAGGCAACUUGGAUCAAAGAGGGGGAUGCGAACACUGGUUUUUUCCACAUAAUUAUUAUUAUGGAUCACUUUAGAAACCAAUUCUCUUCUCAAUCUUGCCAACAGCCAAGACCAUACUUGGAACACCUGCAAUUCAGCAAAUUAAAUGAAGAAGAUAAGAUUAUGUUGGAAGAAGAAUUUUCAGAUGAUGAGAUCAGAGAUGCUGUUUUCUCUUGUGCAAGUGACAAAGCUCUAGGGCCUGAUGGUUUGAACUUUCAUUUUGUCAAGAAAAUUUGGGGUACAAUUGAAGGGGAUGUUAUUAACUUCAUCAAGGAGUUCCAUCAGAAUGGGAAGCUAGUAAAGGGCCUUAAUUCAUCUUAUAUUAUGCUAGUCCCUAAAAAGAAAAAUCCCACAUACUUGAAGGAAUUUAGGCCGAUAAGCAUGGUUGGGUGCCUAUUCAAAAUCCUGGCUAAGGUGCUUGCUAAUAGACUCUAUAAGGUAAUCGGCAAAGUGAUAAGUGUAAGUCAAUCUGCUUUUAUAAAAGGAAGGCAACUUGUUGACAGUGUAUUAGCCCUUAAUGAGCUUGUACAUGACAUGAAAAGUAAGAGAAAAAAGGGUGUCAUCUUUAAAGCAGACUUUGAAAAGGCUUUUGAUACUGUUGACUGGAGUUAUCUGGAUACAAUGCACUAUUUACUAGGAUUUGGUGAAAAGUGGCGAAGUUGGAUCAAAGAGUGCUUAUCGUCUGCUUCUGUUUCUGUUCUUGUUAACGGAAGUCCAACACAAGAAUUUAAUAUGCAGAGAGGACUAAGACAAGGAGACCCUCUCUCUCCAUACUUAUUUCUUAUUGCUGUUGAAGGCUUGCAUGCCCUUCUCCUUGAGGCAGAGAUGAAAGACAUGCUUAAGGGGGUAAUGGUUGAUGAGAAUACUUCAGUUUCCCACCUUCAAUUUGCUGAUGACACUGCUCUUCUCUGUGAGGCUUCUGCUAAUUCUGUUUGGGCUAUCAAAUGUACAUUGAGAUGGUUUGAGAUUAUGUCUGGCCUCAGAAUUAAUUUCAAUAAAAGCACUCUGUAUGGGACUAAUGUGGAUGAGGAAUGGCUUAGCAUGGCAGCCUUGGCCUUGAAUUGUAAAGCUGGGAAAUUACCUUUUACUUACCUUGGGCUCCCUGUUGGUGGUAACCCACAUCGUCAUAGCUUUUGGAAACCGGUGGUUGAAAAGUUCCGAUCUAAAUUGGCAUCCUGGAAGGGCAAGCUCUUAUCUUUUGGUGGCCGUAUCACGCUUCUCACGUCGGUACUCUCUGCUCUCCCACUUUUUUACUUCUCUGUUUUUAAGGUUCCAAGUGGCAUCCUAAAAGAACUUAUUAGAAUUCAAAAUAACUUCUUAUGGGGUGGUUUUGACGAGAGUAAAAAAAUUGUUUGGAUUAGUUGGAGUAAGGCCACUCUAGCUAAAUCUAAAGGAGGUCUUGGUAUCCCAAACUUAGCCAUUAGGAACAUUGCCCUUCUAGGAAAAUGGUGGAACAAGUUUUACAAUGAUGGUGAAAAUGAAAAGCUAUGGAAAAAGAUUGUUAUUAGUAAAUACUAUGCUGGUUCUACAUCAAAUCUUAUCUAUAACAUGAUGUCUUCAAGAUUAUCUUCUCUUUGGAAGGAUAUUUUAUCUAUUGACAAGGUAUCCGAUAGAGCAACCAUGUGCUUUUCAAAUGGCUUCACACAUCAGCUUGGUGAUGGCUCUAAAACCAGCUUUUGGAAGGAUAUUUGGCUGGAAAGCUCUCCUUUAAAGCAUGAAUUCCCCCGUCUAUUUAGCCUCACUUUGGACAAGGAAUUGACAGUUGCUGAUUUGAAACCAACCAAUAGAGAGGGCUGGAAUCUUCAAUGGCGCAGAUCCCCUUUUGGAAGAGAACUGGAUGAACUCGAGAUAUUAGAAGACAUUCUUCGAAGUGCUAUUUUAAUUGAAGGCAAGGCAGAUAGAAAAAUUUGGAAGCACUGCCCCUUAGGAUAUUCUGCAAAAAUGGCAUACUUGUUUCUUGAUGUGUCUCCUCCCUGCCUUGAUGAGAACAUUUGCAAGUUAAUAUGGAAUCCAUUGAUGCUUGCUAAACUGGUGGGGACUGACGGUUAACCAUACUAAUAACAUCUCCCAUCUACUUCUCCAGCUUUGCUCACUUUCGAUCCCAAGGAAAGCACGACAGUGUUGGACUCUCACUAUUUUUACAAUAUCUUGGGCCAUUUGGUCCUGCAGAAAUGGUAUUAUUUUUAACAAAUUUUCUUGGGAUGAGAAUAAUAUUAUAGACUUAGU